AAGUACGUCUUCAAGAAUUAGUGGGUGUCUGGCCAGUGUCACUGUGGUGCCUCAUAUUGAGAGAGAAGAGCUCAGACCUGAGGAGAGUGAUUAAUGCUGCAUCUCCCAGUGUCCAGACUCCAUUGUGGAACCACAUGGACUCCGUUGAGCCUUCCGGGUUGCAGCCUGGGGAAGGAGCCCCAGGCUGUCCCCAGAAGGGCUUACUUCAGCCCUCAGACAGCUCAGAGCUGGUACAGGAGUGCUUGCAGCGGUUCAAGGUGACAAGGACACAGCUACAGCAUAUCCAAGCCAGCCUCCUGGACUCCAUGGAGCAGGCCCUGACAGGAAAGGCCAGCUCUGCCCCUGGUGUCCAGAUGCUGCCUACAUAUGUGGAUUCUACCCCACAUGGCAAUGAGCAAGGAAACUUUGUGGUGCUGGAGCUGGGGGCUUCAGGAGCAUCACUGCGUGUCUUGUGGGUGACUCUGACCGGCAUCAAGGGGCAGAGGGUGGAGCCCAAGAGCCAGGAGUUUGUGAUUCCCCAGGAGGUGGUACUGGGCACUGGCCAGCAGCUCUUCGACUUUGCUGCUCGCUGCCUGUUUGAGUUCCUGGAUGCACAUUCUGUGAGGAAUCAGGGACUGCAGCUUGGGUUCAGCUUCUCCUUCCCUUGCCACCAGACGGGACUGGACAGGAGCACCCUCAUUUCCUGGACCAAAGGCUUUAGGUGCAGUGGUGUAGAAGGCCAGGAUGUGGUCCAAUUACUAAGAGAUGCCAUUCAGAGGCAGGGGGCCUACAACAUUGAUGUGGUUGCUGUGGUGAAUGAUACAGUGGGCACGAUGAUGAGCUGUGAGCCAGGUGUUAGGCCGUGUGAAGUCGGCCUCAUUGUAGACACUGGCACCAACGCAUGUUACAUGGAGGAGGCACGGCAUGUGGCAGUGCUGGAUGAGGACCGGGGCCGCACCUGUGUCAGCGUUGAAUGGGGCUCCUUCAGUGACGAUGGGGCUCUGGGACCAGUGCUGACUACCUUUGACCAUGCCCUGGACCAUGCAUCCCUGAAUCCUGGUGCCCAGAGGUUUGAGAAGAUGAUUGGGGGCUUGUACCUGGGGGAACUGGUGCGGCUGGUGCUGGCCCACUUGGCCGAGCACAGGGUCCUGUUUGGUGGCUACACCUCUUCUGCUUUGCUGAGCCAAGGCAGCAUCCUCCUGGAACAUGUGGCUGAGAUGGAGGACCCCUCCACUGGGGCAGCCCGUGUCCACGCGAUCCUGCAGGACUUGGGCCUGAGCCCGGAGGCCUCAGAUGCUGAGCUUGUGCAGCGCGUCUGUGCAGCGGUGUGCUCUCGGGCUGCCCAGCUCUGUGCUGCUGCCCUGGCCGCCAUCCUGUCCCGCCUCCAGCGCAGCCGGGAGCAGCAGAUACUCCAGGUCGCCGUGGCUACUGGAGGCCGAGUGCUUGAACAGCACCCCAGGUUUUAUAGCAUCCUACAGGAGACAGUGAAGCUCUUGGCCUCAGAAUGUGAUGUCUCCUUCAUCCCUUCUGUGGAUGGAGGUGGCCGGGGUGUGGCAAUGGUGACGGCUGUGGCUGCCCGCCUGGCUGCCCACCGACGACUGCUGGAGGAGACCCUAGCACCAUUCCGGUUGAGCCGUGAGCAGCUGGCAGCAGUGCAGACACAGAUGCGGGAGGCCAUGGCCAAGGGGCUGCGAAGGGAGGCCUCCUCCCUCCGAAUGCUGCCCACAUACGUACGGGCUACACCUGACGGCAGUGAACGAGGGGACUUCCUGGCUUUGGAUCUCGGGGGCACCAACUUUCGGGUCCUCCUGGUACGUGUGGCUGAGGGAGGUGUGCGGAUCGUCAACCAGGUCUAUGCCAUCCCUGAAUGUGUGGCUCAGGGGUCUGGGCAGCAGCUUUUUGACCACAUCGUGGAUUGCAUCAUGGACUUCCAGGAGAAGCAGGGCCUCAGGGGUCAGAGCCUCCCCCUGGGUUUCACCUUUUCCUUCCCAUGCAAGCAGCUUGGCUUGGACCAGGGCAUCCUCCUGAACUGGACUAAGGGUUUCAAUGCAUCAGGCUGUGAGGGCCAAGAUGUUGUCUAUCUCUUGCGGGAAGCCAUCAAGCGUAAACAGGCAGUGGAGCUGAAUGUGGUUGCCAUUGUCAAUGACACAGUGGGAACCAUGAUGUCCUGUGGCUAUGAAGAUCCCCGUUGCGAGAUGGGCCUCAUUGUUGGAACUGGCACCAAUGCCUGCUAUAUGGAAGAGCUCCAGAAUGUGGCAGGUGUGGCUGGGGACUCAGGCCACAUGUGCAUCAACAUGGAGUGGGGUGCCUUUGGGGAUGAUGGCUCUUUGGGCAUGCUCAGCACCUGUUUUGAUGUGAGGGUGGACCAGGUGUCCAUCAAUCCUGGCAAGCAGAGGUUUGAGAAGAUGAUCAGUGGCAUGUACUUGGGAGAGAUUGUCCGCCACAUCCUCUUGCAUUUGACCAGCCUUGGAGUUCUCUUCCAGGGCCAGCAGACCCAGCGCCUUCAGACUAGGGACAUCUUUAAGACCAAGUUUCUCUCUGAGAUUGAAAGUGACAGCUUGGCCCUGCGACAGGUCCGAGCCAUCCUGGAGGACCUAGGGCUGCCUUUGACCUCGGACGAUGCCCUGAUAGUCCUAGAGGUGUGCCAGGCUGUGUCCCGGAGGGCUGCCCAACUCUGCGGGGCAGGUGUGGCUGCUGUUGUGGAGAAGAUCCGGGAGAACAGAGGCCUGGAGGAGCUGACAGUGUCUGUGGGGGUGGAUGGGACCCUCUACAAGGUGCACCCUCACUUUGCCAGUCUUGUAGCUGCCACAGUACGGGAACUGGCCCCUCGCUGUAUGGUCACCUUCUUGCAGUCAGAAGAUGGGUCUGGCAAAGGUGCAGCUUUGGUCACUGCUGUCGCCUGUCGCCUUGCUCAGAUGGCCCAUGUCUGAGGAAAUCUCCAGGAACCACCUUGCUGGAUGAAAGCUGGACCCACCCUAUCAGCCAGACUCAGCCACUCAGGACUCCCAGAACAGACUGUGUGUGACCCCUCUGUGGCCAUCUAUCCUUACCCCCUUGGCUUUCCCCAAGCAAAGUAGC